AUGUUCAAUCAACAACAAGAUAAUCGAAAUAAUAAUCAACAUCCUCCUCGUCCAUUACCAAAUUUACCACCUCCUCCAAAUUUACAAGGUAAUUUACAAAGUAUGUUUUGAUUGAUGAUUUUAUUUACACGAAAUUACAAGGCCCAAAAUACUAACUCAUUAUUGCAGCUACUUUAUAUCCUUUACCUACCUUACCAAGUUUAGGAAAUGGUGGUGCUGGUGGUUUCACAAUCCCAUCAAUUAAUCAAGUAUGUAUAGAAAACUCAUGGGUUUUUAAAGUUAUAUACUAACUGUUUUCAAGAAUACUUUAGUACCACCACCACAAUCAAAUCAUCAAAUAAUACAUCAACAUCAACCAACAAAUGUAUCUACUCCAACAACUGCUCAACAAACUGUAGAGCAAGUGGCCAAUCUUGGAGGUAUACCAAAUAGAUCAUCUACAAGUAAUGCUUAUAGACCAUUAAAUGUACAAGAUGCUUUAUCAUAUUUAGAUCAAGUUAAAAUUCAAUUUUAUAAUCAAGCUGAUGUUUAUAAUAAAUUUCUUGAUAUAAUGAAGGAAUUUAAAUCAAAUUCAAUUGAUACCCCAGGUGUUAUUGAAAGAGUUUCCACUUUAUUUAAAGGUCAUACAAACCUUAUACAAGGUUUUAAUACUUUUCUACCAGCAGGUUAUAAAAUUAGUUGUAAUUUAAAUGAAAUAAGAGUAACUACACCAAGUGGUAGUAGUAAUUUAUAUAAUCAAAGAAGUGAUGAGCAAGAUCAACAACAACAACAAUCUUAUCAAGAACAAAGUGUAGCAGCUACUGCAGCUCAUCAAAAUGGUGGCGAACAAAGUGAAUUUAAUCAUGCAAUUUCUUAUGUUAAUAAAAUUAAAACUAGAUUUGCUAAUCAACCUGAUAUUUAUAAACAAUUUCUUGAAAUUUUACAAACUUAUCAAAGAGAACAAAAACCAAUUGCUGAAGUCUAUGAACAAGUUACUCAAUUAUUUGCAAAUUCACCAGAUUUAUUAGAUGAUUUUAAACAAUUUUUACCAGAUACAAGUAAUGCUCAACAACAGCAACAACAACAACAACAACAACAACAACAACAACAACAACAGCAACAACAACCAAUUCAACAACCUCCUCAUCAAGAUGUAUACCAAAAUGGAACUCAAUUACCUCCAGUUGGAAAUUUUCAACCCGCUGGUCCUAGUCCAACACAACCUUCAUAUCAAUUUUAUCAACCACCAACUGAACAACAACAACAACAACAACAACAUGUUUAUGAACAACAGCAACCAAUCCAACAACCAUCUCAAGUUACUCCUCAACAACAACAUCCAUCACCGCCUCAACAACAAUUACAACCUAUUCAACAUCAAAUUCCUCCACCACAUCAGGUCCAACAACCACAACUUCAACCUCAAGUUCAACAAAUUCAACAACAACAACAACAACAACAACAACAACAACAACAACCAGCAACUAGAAAACCAAAACAAGUUACACCACCAGUUAAUUUAACUUUAGUUCCUGGUAUUCCAGAACCUGUUCCACCUUCAGGUACAGCUAAAUCAUCAUCAUUAUCUGAAGAAAUUGCAUUUUUCGAUAAAGUUAAAAAAGCAAUUGGUAAUAAACAAACUUAUAGCGAUUUUUUAAAAUUAUUAAAUUUAUUCACACAAGAUAUUAUUGAUAAAGAAACUUUAGUGGAAAGAGUUGAAGGAUUUUUAGGAGUUGCUAAUGUUGAAUUAUUUAAUUGGUUUAAAAUGUUUGUUGGAUAUGAAGAUAAACCUCAAACUAUAGAAAAUAUAACUUUUAAAAAACAUCAACUUGAAUUAUCGUAUUGUAAAGCUUAUGGUCCAUCAUAUAGACAAUUACCUAAAUCAGAAACUUAUAUGCCAUGUUCAGGUAGAGAUGAAAUGUGUUGGGAAGUUUUAAAUGAUGAAUGGGUAGGACAUCCAACUUGGGCAUCAGAAGAUUCUGGAUUUAUAGCACAUCGUAAGAAUCAAUAUGAAGAAAUGUUGUUUAAAAUUGAAGAAGAAAGAUUGGAAUUUGAUUAUUACAUGGAAUCUAAUCUUAGAACAAUUCAAAUUUUAGAAACAAUCGCAAAUAGAAUUGCAAAUAUGACACCUGAACAAAAGGCCAAUUUUAAAUUACCACCAGGUUUAGGUCAUAAUUCUCAAACCAUUUAUAAAAAAGUUAUUAGAAAAAUUUAUGAUAAAGAUCGUGGAUUUGAAGUUAUUGAUGCAUUACAUGAAAAUCCAGCAAUUGCAGUACCGAUUGUUUUAAAAAGAUUGAAACAAAAGGAUGAAGAAUGGAAAAGAUCUCAAAGAGAAUGGAAUAAAAUUUGGAGAUCGUUAGAACAAAAAGUGUACUUUAAAUCUUUAGAUCAUAUAGGUUUAACAUUCAAACAAGCUGAUAAAAAAUUAUUAACUGUCAAACAGUUAGUUAGUGAAAUUAGUACAGUUAAAGUUGAACAACAAAAUAAAAGAUUACAUCCAUUAACUCCAAAAUCUCAAGAACAAUUAAAUUAUAAAUUUGGUGAUAAUGAAAUAUUAUUUGAUAUUUUAAAAUUGGCUGAUGUUUUUGUAAAUCGUUCAUCAACUUAUUCAACACAUGAUCGUGAAAAAUUAUCACAAUUUUUCCAAUUUUUCAUACUGAUAUUUUUUGGAAUUCCAAGUGAUGAAAUUGAAAAAAAAGUUGAUGCAAGAGGUAAAGUUGAAAUUAUAGAAGAAGAAUCUAAAAAGAGAUCUCGUGAUACUGAUUUAUUAAAAGAUGUAUUGAAAAAACAAUCGAAAAAGAAUGAUAGACCAGAAUCACCACCUGAAGUAAAUGAAGAAUUAGAAAAAGCCAAAGAUUUGUGGAUUGUUUCAACAAAUACUAAAUUUUCAUUACCAGAAAUAAACAGUACCAGACGUAACAAGUUUAAUUUGUUUUGUAAUACCACCAUAUAUGUAUUUUUCCGUCAUUUAACUACAUUAUAUGAAAGAUUAAAAGAAAUUAAAGGUAUGAAUGAAGAAGUUGGUAAAGAAAUUAAAAGUAGGAAAUAUCCACAAUUUGCUAAAGAUUUAAAUUUAUUAUCACAUCAAUUAGAAGAUAUGGGUGUUGCUAUAACUGGAGAUGAUUGUUAUAAACAAGUUUUAGAAUUAUCUGAAAAAUUAAUUGAAGGAGAUGUUGAACAUCAAAUAUUUGAAGAAAGUUUACGUCAAGGCUAUAGAAAUAAAGCUUAUAAAAUUUAUACAAUUGAUAAAGUAAUUCAAGCAUUGGUUAAACAUAUGCAUAAUAUAAUUAGUGAUGCAAAAACUUCCGAAAUGAUUGUAUUGUUUGAAAAUGAUAGAAAUCAACCAAUUUCAACUGCAAAAGAACAAAUACUUUAUCGAAUUGCAGUUAGAACAUUAAUGUCAGCAGAUGAAAAUAUGUUUAAGAUAACAAUUAAUGAAAAGGAUCAAAGUGUAAAUAUUCAAUUUAUAAGUCUUGAUGAUUUAACAAUUAAUGAUCAUGAAAACAAUGAAGAAGCUUAUAAUUAUUAUGUUACAAGUUAUAUCAUGUCUCAUCCAACUGAAGGUGUACCUGCAUCUAAAUUGCAAAUUCCAUUUUUAAAUUCUUUUAUUGAAGAAGUUCAUGAAGAUUUAGUAGAAGGUAGAUCAACUAGCGGAUUAAAAGUUUCAAUUAAUGAAAAUUCAUAUAAAUUAUUUUUUGAACCAAAUACUCAUGAUGAAUUCAUAUCGAAUUCAAUUUAUAAAAAAGAUGAAAGAAAAGAGGAAGAUAAAAAUGAAGAAAAAUUGGUGAGUUUAACAAAUAUACUUGAAAGUGAAUAUGGUUGGAAGUCAACAUUGGAAGAGGAUGAAGAUAAAGAGUUUUAUGAGAAAAGAAUUCAAAUAUUAUAUGAAACAGGUGGAAAAGAAUUUAAAGAAUAUAUUGAAAAUAAUAAAAAUGAUGUAAAAGAAGUAACUGAAGUGAAAGAAGGUGAUAAAGAAGAUAUUGAAAUAAAUGAAGUUGAAGCUAAAAUUGCUGAAGAAGAGGAUGUAAAAGAAGAAGUUGAAGCAAAUGCUACUAAUGACACAUUACCAAUUAUUAAUGAUACAACAGAAGAUAAUCAAGAGUGA